AUGGGAAAACUUGCAGAAAUAACUCUGUGUGUUUUUGAGGAAGGUGUCUACUCUGCUGCUGGGUGUUCUCAAGCAGCAUGUGGUCAUUGUUUCACUCAUAACUUUAUUAAACCGCCGCAAUUCGAUAACAAGAAAUAUCACUUCGAAGAUAUAAACCAUGAUAUCAAUCGAGACAUACCCCGCUGUUAUGCCUGCGACCUGCGUAGGGCUGAACGUUCCAUCCAGGAGCUCGAAAGGCCGUCACUGCCAGAUGAGCAGCCCCUUCCAGAGGUUAAGGAAAUUCUAGAGGGAUUUAGAGAGAAUUACAAGAUGGAAGGAACGGAAGAGUCUUGGAACUCAAUGAAGGAAUCGGAAAAAACCAUCCGCUAUCUUAGGAAGAUGCAGGCGAAUAUGCGAAAAGAUCAUAUCUUGUCCAAGUUCGAGGCGAUUUGGGGAGCGGAUUUCCAGCAGGGUCAACAUCUUGAUCGAGAAAAGUCUGAAGUUUAUGAGCUACCGUGA